AUGUCGAAAACAGAAGAAACUUUACGUCAAUGUGGCCGUUGGAUAUGUCAUUCGAUAGAUAUAUUAAAAGCAACUAUAAUGAGAGUUAUAUUCGCACUUCACGCUACUAUCGCUAUUGUACGUAUUGUUGUUACGAAAGGUGAUUAUUGGUAUCUGUUAAAUAUGUGUGGAGUGAAUUUUCUUCUUAUUGAAUUAAUCAUUACUAUUGUUAAACGAAAAGGAAAAGAACCAAAAUGGUUUUCACCCUGCUUUUUCCUUUAUAUAUGCACGAUGAUUCCACCGAUAUGGUUUCUGGAAAUAAAUCGAAUCAAUGUAAAACUUGGUGUGGUACCACACAACCAAACGGAAGGCGAUGAAUUAACGGCAAUGCUUGAAAAGGGUCUUAUUUCAAAAACUAAUAUCAAUAAUAAAACGAAAUUACUUUCGUUAUCAAUCGAUGAUUGGGUUGUCGCUAUUGAAGUAACGUUUUUAAUGAUAAUAAUAGUCGGCCGUUGGAUGUUACCGAAAGGAAAAAUAAGUCGGUCUGCAUUAUCUCAACUUUUACUUGUUUAUUUAUCAUUAGCAUCAGACAUGAUUGAUUUAUUAUCAAUAUUUCAAGAGGAUGAAGUUAUACGAAACAAGGGAAUGGUUUAUUCAACGUUAGCUAUUUUUUCAUGGUCAACAUUGCAAUUUUGUUUGAAUCUCGUGGCAACACGUGGAAGAAAUUUUCAUGUCGAAAUCGAUCCACCAAAUCAAAAUUUCGAUCAUCAACAUAAAAAAGAACAUCGCCGAAAGGGUAUACAACCAAUUCGAACUUUCUGUCAAAAAUUAUGUAGUAGCGAACUUCCAUCAAUAUUUAUAACUAUUCUAAUGCAAGAUCUACCUUUUCUUACGGUUCGUCUUAUUGCGGUUAUACAUUUCAAAGUGCAUUCGUAUACAAUAAUAUUUUUUACUAGUAAAAACUUUUUAAUUUUAUUUCUACAAUUCUAUCGCCUAUGGUCUAUUUGUAUGGAACAUAUUGGUCAUGUUGAUCAGAACGAUGUGGAUUCGUUGGCAUCGGUACCAACAGCAGAACCAUUAAGAAAGCCAUUGAGUGGACAGCUGCUUAAGCCUGAUAUUGCAUGA